AUGACGAUGGCCGAGCUCCUCGCCUUCGAUGUUGCUCCCGCCGACGCGUCUCUUCAGUCUUCACAUCGAGUUGUCCAAAGAUGCUGAGCCCACCCAGUACUCGACCUUAUCGAGGCCGUUGGGAAGGCAAACAGCUCCUCACGUCCAAUCGUGCGUCUACCAAGCUCAACUAUCGAAAUUUCGAUCUAAGCUCAUGCGUGUUCGGUACUACAAAGCCCACACACUUGAAACUUCCGCCUCUUGUCGAUGCUCGCGAUACAAAUUUCUCGCUAAACUGGCCAACCUGA